ACAACAUGCACAACGCUUCGGAGGUUAUAAAGAGAAUAGCUGGAAACGACUAGCUCUCGCACAGCCAGAACAACAUUACUAUCACUCCUCCUUCUCAAGAGAGAAAACGCAUGAACCUCCGUCUUCGCGCCAGUCCCCAGAGCAAGGGCGAGGCGGCGAGCUCGAGCUCGGAUCACUCCGACCACGAGGAUGGCCUCUGUCCCAGGAGCGACAAGGACAUGCCCCCGGAUGGUACAGAAGAAGUCAUGGAAUGGCGGGAGGGCUGCCAUAGGAUCAUCGAACGACGUAAAGGUCCCGGAGACGAUGUGGAGGUUGAGAUUAUUCGCAACUUCUACGGGCCAAGUAGUGCACAGAAGUGCAUGAAGCUCAUCCAUGGUGCAUCCGAAAGUGUCAAGAAAGCCUUGCGCGGCGAGCACGUCGAAGGAGUUGCGACCACCUACCACAAACUUCCUUCUGGCACCCCCUCGGAUCACGAGCAUGUCAGCCCCGAGCCCAAGUAUCCUUGGACCAAAUCUUGAGGCUCUUGAAUCAUUACUGUUACCUCAUUGGAUACCUAACCUGUACACUCGUGUAACGAUACCCUACUACAUUGCAUUUACCAAUAU